UGCAGUAUGUACAUAACCUAAAAAAAUUGUUACGUUUGUGUUUUUAUUUUUGGAAAAAUAUAUAUAUUAUUUUUUUCUGGUAUAAAAUACGUAAGUUAAUAAAAAUCAAAAUUUAUGACUAAUAAAUAUAAAUCACGAAAGUGAUAACCGGAAAUGAUUGAAUUUUGUACGAAAAAACGUAUGUUAUUUGUCAUUACAUUAUUAGGAGGGUUAACAAUUUUGGUCCUUAUUGUCGAGAGUCAUUGGACAGAUUCAUCAACAAGUAAACCAUUUGUUGAAGUUUUCGAAAAUAAUUCAUCUUGUUUAAAUGGAGAAACUUAUGAAAUUAUUGAUGAAUGUCAACCUUGUACUUCUCUCGAGAUUGCUAGUAAAAGUAUAGGAAUUUGUAUUCAUAUGCGAUACAAAGAAAUUAUACGAUGCAAAAGUGGUGAAACUGUGACAAGAAGUUGCGACAAAGUAGCAUGGUUGGAAGAAAGAGCAUUUUGGAAAUUUGAAAUUUUAAUGUUAGCUUUUGCAAUUAUAUCCAGUCUCAGUGUAUUUUGGAGGGAAAAUAUUCUCCGUCAGCGGAUAAUUCGAAAAGUUGCAAGACAAUUGAGAGCGAGUGCAUAA